GAAGUCGAGUCGUGGCGCCGGCGACUAGAACACCUCGCCUGCUCCUCCUCCUCUUCCUCCUCGAGAGCACGCCUACAUCUAACCCACGCCCCGAGCUGCUCUGAACAAUUUUGAGCGUUCUUUAUUGCUUUUCACACCUCCUUCCACCGCAGCACUGCGCGUUCCCCUCAGCCUGAGGGACAGGCAGCGCUGAGGGGAGGAGGGGAGAGACGCGGCGCUGCGAAGGGGGCGGGGCGCCGCGCGCGCCAGCCCCCGCCAGCCAAUCAGCGCCGUGACCGCCACUCCCCCCCUCCCCUGACGCACGGCGCUGCCAUUGGCCGGGGCGGGCGGUGGUGGGCGUGGCCGCGCGCCCGCCAUGCUGAUCACGCUGUGCUACCUGUACCUGUGGGCGCGCUGGGGGCCGCGCUCGGCCGCGCUCGUCCGCAGCACCGUGCGGAGGCUGCACCGCUCCCGCUGCUCCUUCACCUUCUGCGCCCGCCAGCCGCACCCCGAGGAGCGCGUCUGCCUCCGCAUCGGUGGCAAGGUGUUCUGCACCGGCGAGGCGCAGUUCCUUGAUGAUUUAAACAGGUGGAGUGGGCUUCUGGUUUCUCCCUUUCCUCCCCCUGAGGAGCUGCUGCCAGCAGAGCACAUUGCUUUUGUGACAGAGAGCAUUGCUGCUCACACAGAGGAGCUGCAGAAAGCACCUGACUCUGCCAAGGAGGAAACACCACAAGAUCAAAAGCUGCAGCUGGAUUCCCUUGGGUGCUGUGUAAAGCAUUUAAUUGCAGUGAAUAAAAAGAUUGUCAAGUGGUCAGACUUUUGUUCACCCUUGGCCUAUAAACCUGGUGAACCUUUUCAGUUAAUUGCUGAAGCCAGUGUAGAUAAUUUCAGUAGCCUUGGAAUAGCCUUCCUGGAAGACAGGCUGCAGAUGGAGAACGGGAUGGUGCCCCACAGGAUUGUUUCUGUCCAUUUAGAGGAAUCUGCUCUGAAGGAGUUGGCAAAGGAGGCGCCGGCGGGAGAGAGAAGCGCAGACAUGGAUGCAGUAACUCCUGCUGGGAAAUCAGGAUUAGAACGAGCUGAGGAGGACAAAUCCAAGCAUGAGGGAACAGGAGGUGGGGAGCACCACCACUUGCACCUUUCCAGCUGCCACGAGUGCCUGCAGCUGGAGAACAGCACCAUCGAGUCGGUGAAAUUCGCCUCCGCAGAAAACAUCCCCGAGCUGCCCGAGGACUGCAGCAGCAGCAGCAGGGAGGAGAAGGAGCAGCAAGGUCUGCAAAAAGGAGUCCAAAGGAUAAACCUGGCUGGGAAACCCCCGAAUAUCUUGAUUUACCUGGGCUCUGAGGCUGCCCAAGGGAGGUUGGAGCUGGUGAAGUCCGUGCUCAGGGAGUGCAUCGAUGCCGAGAGCUACACCUUGUACCAGCUGCACCAGGAGCGGGUGCUCAGAGAGCCCUGGGUGGAAAACUCCCUGCUGCUGCUCAUUGCCACAGAGGAGCCCAUCCCCGAGGGCAUCCACAGGCAGUUCAUGAAAUUCCUCUCCAAAGGGGGGAAGAUUCUUGGCCUUUCUUCGUCCUUCACCUUUGGGGGAGUGCAGAUAAAGCACAGAAACAAACUGAGGAGGGCGGUGCACGAGCUGGUGGUGUGGAAAAAGGACAGCACCGAGGUGAAGCUGAACCUGCUGGUCAGUGGCUGUGUUUUUGAGGAAGGGCUGAAGGGAGAUGGCAGCAGAGUGAAGGUGUUGAGUCGACUGAACAACGCUGCCAAGGAUGCAGUGAUGGUGCACCUGACUCACGGCAGCAGUGGAGGAGAAGCCAUCCUUGUCCAGGCCCAUUUGGAGCUGGACAGCAAUUCCAUGGAUGUGCAGACUGAAGAGGAUUUUAAUUUGCUCAAGAUGAGCAAUUGCAAGAGAUAUGAAGUUCUCAGGGAGAUCCUGACCUGCCUUGGGCUGAGCUGUGAGCAGAGUGCCAUUCCUGAGUUAACUCCCAUCUAUCUGCUCUCUCCAGAUGAGGAAAUCCACCUUGCUUUCCUGAAGUGGCUGGAGGGGAACGUGGAUGCCGAGGGACUGAGGGCAUCCAGCAAGGUGUCCCUGAAGUUCCUUUCAUCCUGGGAGUCCAAGGUGGAGGUGACUCCAUCCCUGGUGCCCGUGAUCACGGAGACGGGGAGCUUCUCCUCAGAGCAUUUCAGCCUCCAGACCUACCAGCAGCACCUCCAGACCAAGAAGCUGGGAAAGAUCCUGCUCUUCACUGAGGUGACCACGACAACCAUGAAUCUUCUGGAUGGGUUAAUGUUCGAGUUGCCUGAGGAGAUGGGUUUAAUAGCAGUGGCUGUUCGACAAACACAAGGGAAAGGUCGUGGUGGGAACGUUUGGCUCAGCCCCACGGGCUGUGCCCUGUCCACCCUGCACAUCUCCAUCCCUCUACAUUCCAACCUGGGCCAGAGAAUUCCUUUUAUCCAGCACCUGGUGUCCCUGGCAGUGGUAGAGGCGGUCAGGUCCAUCCCAGGAUAUGAGGACAUUGAGCUGCGAGUUAAGUGGCCAAACGAUAUUUACUACAGUGAUCUGAUGAAGAUUGGUGGAGUUCUGGUAAACUCAACACUCCUUGAAACAACAUUUCAUAUUCUCAUUGGCUUUGGGUUUAAUGUGAAUAACAGCAACCCCACCAUCUGCAUCAAUGACCUCAUUGCAAAGUUUAACAGGGAAGAGGGGACAGAGCUGGAGCCUCUGAGUGCAGACUGUCUCAUUGCAAGGACUGUGACUGUGCUGGAGAGGCUCAUCGAGGUCUUCCAGGAGAAGGGGCCCAAUGGAGUUCUUCCCCAGUACUACAAGUAUUGGAUACACAGCAGGCAGCAGGUGCGGCUGCGCAGCGAGGACGGCCCCGUGGCCUGGAUCGUGGGCAUCGAUGACUACGGAUACCUCCAGGUGCACCAGGAGGGCGAGGGCGUGGAGUCCGUGCACCCUGAUGGCAACUCCUUCGACAUGCUGAGGAACCUCAUCGUCCCCAAGCACUGACAGGAGCUCCCUGGGACUGGUGCCUCAGCCUCAGCCUGUGAAGGGUAAAGGAAAGUUUGAUUUUCCCUUCUGAUUUUCUGCUUUGUGUUUGCCGUGGGUAACGCCAGCAGCUGAGAAGAGGUGGUGGUCUCACAGCUGGAGGCCUUUGUUCUUUUCAUUAACUCUAAAAUACACCUCUGUUGCCAUUCUUUGUAAGGAUCUGCUCUUUGCAAGGAGUAUUUGUGGUGAGCAGAACUUUCUCCUCUUUUACACCCCGUACUGGAGAGACUGAAGUGGCUCAGCAUUUCCUUUUUUUUUAGUUUCUGUGUGAUUUAGCACAGUGCAGGACAAUAUUUACUUUUUUACUUUUUUUUUUUUUAACUAAAUCCUGUUUUUCUAUGUUGUCUGCACUAAAACCAGCUGGAACACAUCACAUAUUCCUGAAUUGCUGGGAUCACCACUGUGCUUAAUUCCAGGUCUGAGUGAAGAUCCUGAUUUGGUUCUUCUCUGUGUAGACCUCUACAAUAAUUUACCAACCUGUGCUUUGAUCUCAGGUCUGCAACUCCUAAUGGCUGCCUUGAGUUUUUGGGAGAGUAUUCCAUCAGCCCUUAGGAGCUGUGCUUGGUUAUCCAAGUGGUUUGCACUCUGCUCUCCUCAGUCACUUGGAUCUGAGUAAAUCAUCUCACCUGUCCUUUAAAUCGUGGUUUUCCAAGGGGUUUCAGGAAGAAAAACCCACUGGAGCAGUGUCACACCCAGGUUUUUGUAGAAUCCCAUCUCAGGGGAUGGAACCUGUAAUUAAUUUAGAAUUUAGUGGUAAUUUUAUCAUUAUCUCAAUGAAGUGAAUAAAUAAAGGAAAUAAAUCAAAUUCCCUUCUGCAAACAACUGUUCCGGUGAGAAAGAGAAAUCACACCAUUCCCCCAUGCCCAAAAUCUCUUCCACAGCCCUUUUGUCACCCCUUUCCCCAGGCCAGUGCCUGGUUUUGCUGCUAAGCACUAAAACCAAGAGCUUUAGCACCUGCUGACCUGGAAGCAGCUCAUUUUUGGGGCUGCCUGCACAUUUCCAGGUGGGGGGAGCAGCCCGGGAAUUCUCCUGGAGCAGCCACGUGGGAGCUUGGUGGGGUUUCCUCCCAAGGAGACUUGGCCAGCACAGCUCCCCAAGCAAUUCUGGGCCAGCCAGGCUUGUCCCAGGUGUGAUGUGGCCACCUUCAUUUCCUUUUCUCGUGGUGGAUCAGCCAGAUUGGUUUCCAGAAAGGAAACUACUGUCUUCUAGCCAGAACUGGGUUUUUAGGGUAAAGUUCACCUCAUAAACAAUCCAAACAUUUUAGAUCAUUUCAGCUCCAAAGCCAAGAAGUCUUAAAACAAGGAAACUCGUCUCUAAUGGUAAUUUUGACCAAUCCUCACAUAUUAGGGUUUAGGUGGCUUGGCAGCAAGAGUAGAAAUUAAAUUGUCCCUGGUAAAUUUAGGAUUUUAUGCUUCAUCUCACAGAAGAUUUGUCCUGAUUGUCCAAACCCUGCUGGGUUUUUUUUAUUUCCCCCUUGAUCCAAAUCACAUGAGGCUGCACACCAGCAUCUCCUAGAACUGCACACACACAGCUCUUAAUUGCCAUAAUUAAAACGAGGCACCAAGUUUGGCUUUUCCCCAGCAGAUGCUUUCAAAACUGCUUUGGGCUGAGAAGGUUUGGCAGCUGCCUUUGAUAUCAGAAUUCAAUAUUAAUGCAUGUUGUAAUCAACUGAGGCUCCAGUCUGGCUUAAUAAAGCUUCAAUAAAAAGAAGAAACCGUGUAUUUAUAUAUAGAUUAUAAAAAAUGGGUGUGCACAUGCACACUCACAUCUUCCUGCUGCAUCCUCAGUUAUUUUCUGCCUUUUCCUUCACGAGCAAACUGCAGCAAAGCAGAGCUCUGGUGCUGCUUUUCCAACCACAGAGUUUUACAAAACUUCACCUUAAGCCAGAAUUUGUAGCUCAGACUGUCUCAGCUUUAGGAUUUGCCUGUAGGGAUUGCCUUUAGGAUUUGCCUUUGGGGUUUGUUCAUGUUCCACACAGACUGGGAAGUGCCUCAGGCUGGAGCUUGAGUGGCUUCCUUGAAAAACUUCCUUCUCCCUUCACUGGGGACAAAAAAAGAUGGGGAAAAGGAUAAACCAUGGAAUUUUGGAAGGGCAGAAUGAGUUUGUGAAGCUUCAGUGGCUGAGCAGCAGCAGAGGGAUUUUUUUUAGCAUUUUUGAAGAGCUGCAACAUUUCCUGGUUGCUGUCUGUCCUUCUGUAGCUGCUUUAGUGAUGAGCUGGUUCUGUUCUCACUGGGAGUUGUCAGGUUAUUCCCAAAAUUUCUGCAUUGGGAAGAAACUUGGAGUGGAAUUUCCUUGCCACAGGGGAGAGCUGCCCAGCCCUGGGUGUGCCAGAGCACAGGGGCUGCUGUGGGAGCCCCUUGGCCUUUCCAGUGGCCUCUCCUGGUGUCUCCUGGAUUAUUUGAGUGAGGGAUUUGCUGCUUUCCCUCGGGAAGAACCAAGGACAAGGACAAUUCUCACGGGGCAGAGAGCAGCUGGAUGAAGUCCUGGUGGAUGAGUCCCUGGAGGAGUCCCUGACUCUCAGGUAGAGUCUGACUCUUCCUCUGCCCAAAAAGCCCCAAGAUUUUUGCAGGAAAGCCCUUGUUCUCCCUGUUCUCCGGGUGUGACAGACAAAUGUGGUGUGGGCUGUCCCUGGGUGUGGGGCUGGGGAGACCCAGCCAGCUCCAGGCCCAGGAAUAAUGCUCUGAAAAUGUUUCAUUUCGUUCAGCUGUCUGGAUUAGUAAAACACCUCUUCCAUUGUGAGGCUGAGGUCAUAUCUUAAACUAUUUUCUUGAUGAAGUGCUUUCAAAAACCCCAUUUAUUACCAUGUCCCUAUUUCUAUUUUUUUUUUAAUUUUUUUUUUCCCUGCUGGGCUCUGGUAGAACAUUUCUCAUCGUGAAAACGUUUGUGGGGGUUGUUUAUUGAUAGGAAAACUUCUGGGUGUGUUGGCACGUGUGUGAGUCCAGGGUGGGUCGUGCCCAGUCAGCAACAAAGCUGCUUCCAAAGGUUUGAAAAAGUAAUAAUGUACUUCACAUUUCAGAGUCCAGGCAGCACAUCCUGCUUCUAGUAAAGCUUUUAUAAGACUUCAGAGCUUUUUUUUUUAUUUUAAUACAUCCAACAAAUCAAGGGCUAUUACCUGGAAAUAAUAUUAAAGCAUUUAAUUCUGUAUGCUGCUGCUGCUUCACCGUGCAAAAAUUCAUUUCUUUGCUUUCUCUGAUUCAGCUGCAUCAGCAGCCUGAAAAAAAAAAUUACUUUUUGCAGCUACAAUCGAAAUAUCUGUCAUGGGAAAGAUUUGUGCUGGUUCCUGGGGGUAACUGGUUGGAUAAAAAACAUUUGCAUGGCUAAGUGGUGGUGGGGAUGCACUGCCUUGAUCAGACACCAAAGAAAUUAAAUCUGGGCCCAGCAAAGGGCAGAGGUCAAAAAAUGAUGGAGAAAAAAAGAACUGCAGGGAAGAAUUGUCAAGUGUUGAGUUUCUCAUUAGUGAUUCUGUGUUAUUUGCAUUUUCCAAGUGUCUUCAUUUAAAAUGCAACGUGGCAAAAACACAAUGAAUUUUAAAAACUCUCUGUGUGUUUUAUAGUGCAUUGAUUGUCAAUUAUAGAAAGUGUCACAGUUGAAAUAAAUUUUCAAAUAUGCA